AAUCGGGAAAAGGCGCCCGCAGUGCAUGCCUGAGCUCCUGUGGGAAAGUGCGUCGCUCGGAAAACCCGCCCGAGUUCGGCUCUGGACUUGGCCAUCAAUGAAAAACUGGACACGAGUCGUUAAAAUGCGAGUUAGGUGACAACUUUCUUAAGGAAAGUCCCGACGUGAUUGGAUUUUUGAUGAUGAAGGCAGAGGAAGCAAAGAGUGCGCGAUUUUACUAGCCAGUUGGGGGCAGGAUGCACAAGAACACGUGAAAAACGACAAUGAGUCCGCAACAGACAAAAGUAAACACGGCCAACAAAUCCACUCCAACGCCAAGCGGAAGAAACCAGGAAGUGGCGACUCUGGUUGUUAUGAUAGUAGUGCUGACAAUUAUCAUACUGUUCUGCUGUUUUGCUGCGCCUGGUGUCAGGGAUUUGUGCAAGAAGUACGUGUUCCGCACCUGUGUCAUGGACGAUCCUGAUAUAGACAAUGCUAGCGCCGCAGGAGAAUCAGCGACGCCAACAAUAAUCCUGCUGCCGUACGGCAGGAUGCUGGUGGUGGACCGCGCCGUGUUCGCCCAGCUCCAGGCCGACCACACCGGCAUCGAUUUUAUGGAACUGAGUGCGAACCUGAUCCGAGCUCAACGCUACCAAGCCGGAAGCACCCCCAGCAUCCUGGACUCGGAAACGACCAGCAAGGGGCUGUCGCCCACCUCUCUGGGCUUCUCGCCGCCGGCUUACGAGGACAUCUUCGGGGACAAAUCCGAUCUUCCGCCGUCGUACAGUGAAGUUAGUUUAAUGUUUAGGACGCAAAGGAGACUGCAGGAGCCGGAAAGCAUCGAAAUGUGCGAAGUGGAAGAGGGGGGCUUGAGUGAUGCGGAUGUGAACAAUGAGAACAAUUUUAAUAAGGAGUUGGACGAGGAGAGUGUGAGGAUUGCCGUGGAGGAGUGCGAUGCCUCCACUUCCGAGACGGGGGAGGAUGGCGAGGUUAAGGAGAGUAGGAUUUAAGACACCCUUGUUAUUGUUACACUGUGCUGUUAUUGGGGCAGUCGGGCACUAACGCAUUCUAAAUCAAACGAUUUUGAACGAAAAAUUACACUUUACAACGUUUUUAAAGAUAAAAUUCGGAACUGCCAACAAAAUAGUCACUGUCUGGAUUCUUAAUUUCGGAGCAGUGACGUGGUUUUGAAAUUAAGUUGGUAACACCCAAAAAAAAUUAUCGAACAUCUGUAGAAUUACCUACUUUUGUCCAGCAAAUUUUUUUUUAAAUAAAUAGAAAAAUCACCAAAUUAAAUAAGUAAAAAAAUGUAUCGUGUGUUUUUUUACUAAAUACGUACAUUUUUCGUUAUUUUUGCGUUUUUCGUGUGUUUUAGCACGAUUUUAGUGAAAAUUUUUAAUUCUCGUGAGUUUGAAAGACCACCAAAUUAUCGAAAGUCAUGUUGUUUUACUUGAUUAUUUGCUCAAUUUGGCUUAUUUGUGAACAAAAUUUUGUCAAAAAUGAAUCCAAAAUUUUCCAAAAAAUGUGUAAUUGUUCAUUUUUAUGAGAUUUCAUUAAAUACGCUUAAAGUAUUGUGAAAGUAAAGUGACAAAUUGUGCUUGAAAGAUUACCAGAUUCUCAAAAAGGGUGUGAUGUUUUGAACUAGAAAUAGAUUUACUUCACAAACCUUGCCAAACAAAAAACUAAAAAAUGUUUGUUUGUGAACGAAAAGUUGUCAAAAAUAUAUCAAAAAAUUAUCCAUGUCGUUAAAGAAAUUGUUAUAUGUUCUUUUUAUGAGAUUUUACUAAACACCGUUGAAAAACUGCCAAAUACCAUUGACAACAACUUUAUUUUUGAUUUUUCGUGAAUUUUAUUACGUUUUUAGCGUCCGAAAUUUUUUUUUAUUUUGUUAAAAUAGUUUGAAAAGACCACCAAAUUAUCUAAACUGAUGCAAUAUUUGUUUAUUUGAACCAGUGACUCAUGUCUUUACAAAGAGUUGCCAAAGCACACAUAAAAAAUAAAAAGUAAAUAAAAAUCGAUGUUGUUUUGAUUGUUUUACUGGAUUUUGCUUGUCUGUGAGUGAAAUUUCGUAAACAAAAUUAUCGAAAAAUCACCAAGGUAGUUAUCACAGGCGAAGUGUUGUUGAAAUAGAUCCACAAGGGCUUUAUUUUUGUGUUUUUUGUGUAUUUUUGUGCAAAAACAAUUUUCUUUAAUUUCGCUAAAACUGUUUUAAAAAUCACCAAAUUAUCGGAACUGUAAUUUUCUCAAUACUUUGCAAAACAAGCUUAAAAAGCAGAAAGUAAAUCAAAACUGAUGUUAUUUCCCUUCUUUCACUCAUUUUUGCCUCGAUUUUUGCUGUUUGUGUGCGAAAUUACGUCAAAAAUUAUUAGUAAAAUGAGCAAAUUUGUUUAAAGUUGAAUAUAGUGUUUCGUGGUGAGUUUUAUUUAGUAAACAGGUUCAAAAAUUGUUAAAUUCAACAAAAAAGACAUUAAUUUAGCGUUUUUUUCCAUUUCUUAGGAAAAAACGCAAGUAUUUUGAUAAAUUCUGCAAAAAUUUUGACAGAAUCAGCUAAGCAUCUCAGAUUGAAAUUGUUAUUAUUUUAAUAUCUUUCGCUUGAUUUGGUUGCUUUCUGAUUAAUUUACUUGUUUUCAGACAAAAUUUCGCCAAAAAAAGUCGAAAAAACACUAAAUUAGUGCAAAAAUAACCUAAUGUUUUAUUGUUUGUUUAGCACAUGAACUUAGAAACGCAAUUAUUAUUGUGGCAUUUUUCGAGUUUUUAAGCAUAAAAAAUAAAAGGUUUCUUCUCGAAGUGGCUGAUAAUAAUUGAUAAAUUAGCAUUGGACGUUAUUUAUUUUAGCCUUUUUCGCUUAUUUCGUUCCUUUUGAAUCAGAAACACAUUUAUUAGCAAAAUUUUGUCAAAUUAUUUCCAAAAGUCACAAAAAUCGAUCGAAAUUAAUAUUAUUUUGAGCAAAAAUUCGUCAGAAAUUAUCCAAAAGACCGCAAGGUUUGACCAAAGAUUGUGUUAUUUUCUACCUCUUUUAGGCACGUUUUAAGACCAAAGUCCCCACACAAAACCUUACAGCCAGAAUUAGAGCAAUUUUGCUCAGAAAACGCAAUUAUUUCGCAAAAUCUCGUUAAAAAUGAGCAAAUCAGAAACAUCAGAGUGCGUAAAAAUUUACAAAUUUUUGUCUGUGCUUUAUUAAGUGUUGCCAACCAAAUUUCAAAGUUUCAAACUUUCUUGAUUUACGAUGUUCUCACCGAACCCGACUGCCCUCCCAAGCCACUUUUUACGUUUUGUAAAAAGUGUCAUUGUUCUUUUCUAGCAAUUUUAUCGCUGGUCCUGUUUAAAAGACAGCAACGCUUCAAAUUUUAAAAUUUCUUACUAAAUUGCAUAUCAUCUAGUGCGAAGAGUCAAUUAGGUGCAUUAAAACAAUAAACUUUAUUAAGACAUAGUUUACUUAUAAACACCAAACUACAACGAAGAAUUAUUUCGUGUUCUAUCUGUACGUCAUAUCCUUACAAGAAUACAAUAAAUUUUUUACAAACU